GGCUUGGGAAGGAGGAGGUGCUGAAUAGCUUCUUCUAUGUUCCUAGAGAGGCUCCAAGAAAGUGAACCUGGGCUUCUGGUCAGUUAAGGGAGAACCAGUUAACAGGGUGGCAAAGGCUGUUCCCCAUGACAUCAGCAGUCCCUUCUCUGGACAUUCUAUUGUAUCCUGGAGAGCUCAUGGCAUCCCGUGAUGUCACCAGUGUUGUAGCGACAUCAACUGCCUCAGGGCAUCCUUCAGUGCCUACAGGGUAGAGCAUAGUCAUGCUGCUGGCAAGACUGAGGGGUCUCCUUGGAAGAGAGAAUGGAGAACAUCCAGAGAACAGAGAGAGAUGGAAGGAGGCUGGCCUUGAGUCUCAGAGGAAAACAACCAAAAAGGGUUUCUGGGGAAGGCACAAGGCUGCUAUGGAGACCGCAUCCCGCACAACCCUCCUCACCAAGAAAGGGAUGAGGAAGGAGAUGCAGAGGCUGAACAUGGAACUUCAGGUGGUGACAAGGGAGAGAAAUGAGCUGCGUGAUCAAGUAUUCUUCAUCAGGAAAGGACCCGUGCACAAUAGGCCAAAUACUUGGUAUGAAGAUCUGAAGAUGGAGCAUGAGGAGGUCAUGACUGACCUACAGAGAUUGCAGAAUGAGAACAAGGAGGCUUCAGAGAAGGUGGAUGAGCUUGCCAACCUGACAGUCUUCUAUCGUGGUCUGCACAGCCAGGUCCUCAUGGAACAUACUCAGCUUAAGGACCAGGUAGCCAUGCUGAGGCAGGAGAACCAGAAUCGGAGAGAGGAUUGGGUCCUGCUGAAGAUCCACUUGAAGGCAUUGAAAUUGAUCUGUGAGGACCGAGAAGAAGAGACCAGUGACCUCCAGAGCCAGCAACAACAGGCAUUUGAAAGAUUGGAGGGAAGCCUACAGGUCCUGAUGAAACAGAAGGAGAUGAUCACUCAGGAAAAGGACUUGGCAGAAAAGCUGCAGCAUCACUUUGAGGUCUCCAAAAUGAGGUAGGAAACGAGGCUGGGGGAGCAGGUGGAGCCAAGUGGGUACAUUCUACCUGGGAUCACUGUCAUUUAUGGGAUCCUGCUCAA